AAUCAGAAACGGAUGCGGUGCAUUCUCUCGAAUGUUCCAGAGGAAAACCCCAAAUUUUUCUCAACAUUGCAAAAAUACUGUUUUCAAAGCGCUCUGCUUGUUCUUGUCAUAACGUUUCGAUUGCCGAUUGAUCUUUAUAAAUAUUUAAUUCUUCGUUACGCAUUAAAAGUUUUGUGACGCGCUCCUUUUUUGAAGCCUGUCAACUUCAGUACUAAAAGUCUUGUAUUUUCGCGAUCGAAUCUAGAUUUUUGAAUUUCUCCGCGUGCUUUAUGUUGAUUUUAAAAUCAAAUUAUAUCCGUACACUUUGCAAAAUUGCUGUUUAGUUUAUUUUAAGCUUAUCAUGGAAGGUGUUUUGGUGGCUGGUGACUCCAAUGUCUACAGACUCCGAGAUUCGAGCAACACUCGGUCUGGCAGUGGCAACGUGAAUAUUUCAUUCCUGGCCGUCUCAGGUGCUCGUUACGUAAAAGACAGGAAGAACUUCCGCUGCCGAGUUCGGGAAGAGGUGGAACAUCAGCAUUUCAGGAGUAUAUACCUUCACCUUGGUUCCAAUGAUGUAUUUUGUACAAUCGAGGAUUUCUACAGGAAUGCUUCAGAGGUUGUAGAUGUUCUCAGAGAGACAGCUCCUGGAGCAGAGAUUGUUCUGUGCUCAAUCUUGCCGAGGGCGCCAGACUUUAGCGGACGCGGUUUCUUGUCCUUGAAGAUGUUGAGAGCAUGCCAACAUUGGGUGAUGCGCGCCAACCAAGCACUGCAAGAUGUUGCAUUACAUAUACCCUAUGUGAGGUUUUUUCAGUAUGACUGCUCAACAGAGGCCAGGAAUUCAACCCAGGUAGCCUUGCUAAGGAGUGAGUGUGCUAACCACUGCACUUACCAGACAAUCACCCAGUUUAGAAAUGUGUGA